GCUCUGGGCGGGGCACCUCAGUCCUGCCUGCUGCAGCCGCGGGAGCGGUGCUCAACACAAUGAAACUCAUCAUCCUGGAUCACUAUUCGCAAGCGAGUGAGUGGGCUGCCAAAUAUAUCAGGAACCGUAUCGUCCAGUUUAACCCGGGGCCGGACAAGUACUUCACGCUGGGACUGCCCACUGGGAGCACCCCACUUGGCUCUUAUCAGAAGCUGAUCGAGUACUAUAAGAAUGGGGACCUGUCCUUUAAAUAUGUGAAGACCUUCAACAUGGAUGAGUAUGUGGGCCUUCCUCGAGACCACCCGGAGAGCUACCACUCCUUCAUGUGGAACAAUUUCUUCAAACACAUUGACAUCCACCCAGAAAAUACCCACAUCCUAGAUGGGAAUGCAGCUGACCUGCAGGCCGAGUGUGAUGCCUUUGAGGAGAAGAUCAAGGCUGCUGGCGGGAUUGAGCUGUUUGUUGGAGGCAUCGGGCCUGAUGGACACAUUGCCUUCAAUGAGCCCGGCUCCAGUCUGGUGUCCAGGACCCGUGUGAAAACGCUGGCCAUGGACACCAUCCUGGCCAAUGCUAGGUUUUUUGAUGGUGAUCUUGCCAAGGUGCCCACCAUGGCCCUGACAGUGGGUGUGGGCACUGUCAUGGAGGCUAGAGAGGUGAUGAUCCUCAUCACAGGCGCUCACAAGGCCUUUGCUCUGUACAAGGCCAUCGAGGAGGGCGUGAACCACAUGUGGACGGUGUCUGCCUUCCAGCAGCACCCACGCACCGUGUUUGUGUGCGAUGAGGAUGCCACCUUGGAGCUGAAAGUGAAGACCGUCAAGUACUUCAAAGGUUUGAUGCUUGUCCAUAACAAGUUGGUGGACCCCCUGUACAGUAUGAAAGAAGUUGAGAAAAGCCAGUCUUCUAAGAAACCAUACAGUGACUAGUCUGUGAGGGACUCAGAUCAGGCACCUCACAGAAACAGACGGGUCUUUCUGGAAAUUGUCUUUAGCAGACAAGCACGUCUUUCUUUAAUCUAGUAUGGUCACUGAAGUUGAGCGGGUGUUCCAGUACAAGGCUGGAAGCCUAGUCAUGCAGUUUAGCAAUAGGGAGAAUGUCUUAUAACUCAGAAAAAAAUCUCUGAAAAGUGUACUCCAUUAUUUUGAUGUGUGCCACACCCAAGUUAGGGCUCUUCGCUUUCUGUUCCACCUCAGCCAUUGUUCACAGGCACCACACACUCCCACCAAGAACACCUGCCCUUAGGGGCACUUAGUCUCCAGUGGGUGGGGACCAGUGGCGUGUGCAUUUGGAGAGACUGCAGAGUUCCACUUGCACAGACCUGCCCUUUGUCUGAUGAUCCCUGUUCCAGAGUAAAGAACAAACUCUUCUCCUACCUGAAUUACCUCUGAGGAACAAGGGAGCAGCAUCUCUGGUCAGUAACGGGUACUGUGGAAAGAAAAGUCGCACAGGGAACGGUACUAAGGGGCAGUUUUUCCUGCUCUCCAGCUGGUCCUUCUGUGAACUGCCAGCAUGGUGUGUGGGACUAGAGGUGAUUUUUGUGGGCGAACCCAAGCUCCGCAGGCCCAGCCACAACAAAUUUCUCUCUCAUAGGGACCUUUUCCUAUUGGAGCCCUGCAUUUUUGUUUGAAGGUCCCUUAGGCGCUCAUCAGUAAGGAAGGGGGAGCAUCAGAGCUUGCCGGUCUCAGCGGGCCCGGCCACAGAGGCAGGCUGGCCAGCAGCUGGCUGUUAGUCACGGCAUACAGUGUAGUGCUUUGUUCUCUUGCCUCCCUAAGAGUUGAGUGCCAAGACACAUGCCAGGUGCUUCUGCUGUUUCCCCACUUCAGAUACCCUGGGCCCAUAAGCCACUCAGGCUCUUGCCGCCGCUGUUUUCAGGAUUCCGGGAAACACAGCCCUUGGGUUUGUCCUGCGGCCUCCUUCCCAGAGGGGCGGCUGCUCUGCUGCCUUUAGGCUCUGAAGCCCUCCCUGACAGCCUGCUGGCUCUGGUUCCCCGUGUCUGUGCCUAGUGGAAGCUACUGCUGCCUGUUUCUAGAAAGAUUUCUCCAAGCCCGGCUCAGGCCUCAGAGCUGAGUUUGCUACCAGCAUUUCGUGUUUAGCUUUCACACGUGAUUGUGCGGCCGUUCUGUGUUAAGUUAAUGGGCCCGUGGAUCAGUGGACUUGUUUACAAUGUGAUCUUUUCUAUUAAAGCCAGUAUUUUCAAA